AUGCAUCGAAAAAGCCAGCAUAAGUCAUGUGCACUCAUGCUAGGCCUUGCCCGUUUGGGAUUACUUGUGCUGCACGUCAUGUUGUGUCUCUACAGUGUCAAGCUAUCCCUCUCCAUGAUGGAACUGGCGGCUCGCUCAACGGAGAAGCCGAUUAAUAAACCUCUCGAGAGACACAUCAUGACUUCUGCUGUGGCUAAAAAGAUCUCGGCCAGUUUGGUGAUGAUGAAAUCAAUAUCCCAGCACAACCAAGCUCCUGUUCUUCGCCCUUGGUCUCAGCCUCGCCUCUUCCUCAUCGGACUGUUUGGCGCCUGCGUCGAGGAGUGCUUUAUGUGUUGCUUGACUAUAUAA